CUAUGCCCUCCCUCCUUCUCCUUUCCUCCGAACCCACGGAAUCAAGCGUCUCAAUGGCAGCUACUUUCCUGGCCAAAUCUUCAUCUUCCCCAGAUUCUCUUGAGGGCCGAUGAGACCACCAUGUCUACCUCCAACGAGAUCCGACCUUUGCCCAUGAAGAAACGCCGGGCGGCUAUCGCCUGUUCGUCGUGCCAUGCUCGCAAAGUGCGUUGCAAUGUGGUCCUGGUUGGUCAACCCUGCACCAACUGCCAGCAAGAUGAUGCCGCCUGUGUCCUCCACGCCUCGUCAAGGGGCAAAUACAAACGCCGGAAGGCCAACCACCACGAGGAAGAGUCCGUCCCGUCUCCCGGGGUCUCCUCCCCAGGACCAGGACCAACGGUGGUGAAUCCCGGUCCAUCCCGUUCCUUGGAAUCGACCACCCCGGCCUCGGAGGUUCUCUCCCAAAACGAGUACGAGUCGCCGUCCAAUGUCGACACCUACCGGGCCAUCGUGGAACCGCCGGAAACGGACCAAGUCCGGGUUCCAAUGUAUGUUGGAGAAUUGCAAUCCCUUCGUCUUAUUUUCCACGUCGCCAAUGACAAGAGCAAGAGCAUCGCCUCAAAGACCCAUUUUCUACUUCCCCAACCCAAGAGGCGUCAGUUGUCGCCCGAAGAAUUCGCCUGCCUCGAGGCCAAGGGAGCCUUCUCUCUGGAAUCCGACGAGGUGCUCAGUGAACUUCUUGCCUUGUUCUUCGACUACGUAUAUCCCAUACUUCCGAUCGUCGACCCCGUGGACUUCUAUCGCCGCUACGAUGCAGGCGGUGCCUCGAGUGUCAGCCCGCUUCUUCUACAGACCGUGUUCCUCGCAGCGAGCAACGUAAGCCACUCUCCUCCCGUCGGUCUGGUUCUGAUCACUCUUCCCACAGUACAUUUCCGUCGCCGGGUUGAGACGCACGGCUCUUCCUUCUCGUCUGGCCUUGAAGAGGAGGUUCUACGAACGCGCAAAGGUGGGGUCUCUGUUCCUGGUUUGUCCCAUGCUCAUCUUGUUUUCAUCUCCACACAGGCCCUGUACGACUUCGAGUACGAGACGGACAAGAUCUGUUUGAUCCAAUGCGUGCUACUGAUGGGAUAUUGGCUGGGCCACGCGCAUGAUCGUACCGACAGUUGGCACUGGGUCGGCGUGGCCAUCAGCCUGAGCCAAAGCGUCGGCCUACAUCGCGAUCCCGGGUCUUCCAAUGUGCCUUCCUCGCAACGCCGUCUUUGGCGACGCAUCUGGUGGUGCUGUUUCUACCGCGAUCGGUGCAUUGCCUUGGGCAUGGGACGGACGCACCGCAUCAACGCUGACCACUGCGACGUUAAAGAGCUGUCCAUCAACGACUUGGUCUCAGGCCACAUUUCCUGCACCCUCACGCCCGAGAGUGUGGCCAUUGUGGACCAAUGCAAUGGGCACGCUCCCAUGUUCCUGGAGAUUGUCAAACUGAGCCGGCUCCUGGGGGAUGUGCUGUCAUCGGUGUACCGACCACCACAGCCCGAACCAACGCCCUGGGAGACCGUUGAACGGCUUGACGAGCGACUCAAAACGUGGCUCCUGAACCUGGAUCCGCGCUGCCGGCUUGAUGCGCCUCCUCCGGGCUCCGACGAGUCGGCCGCCACAGCCUUGCACAAGCACUAUAUCCACACUUUCUACCAUGUCAUCAUCAUCACAUUGUACAAGCCGUUCAUCUUCCAGGGCGGCCUCUUGCCCACCAGCCCCGGGAGCGACCGCCGUGCCCAAGUCGCCUGGGAAAGCUCCUUGCUCUCGGCCUCGGCGGCCACGGCCAGUUUUCGGAAGUUGAGUGAGCUGGAGCUCAUCCGGGUUCUUCCUCCCGAAAGCGUGACCAUGCUCAUAUCCAUCCUCGCCAUCCUCUUCCUGUCCAAGUGCCUGGGCAGCGGCAUGAAAUGGCAUCUCGCCAGCCAGAAUCUCGAUCUCGCCAUGCUGGUCCUACACGAGCUCCAGGAGAAGUACUUGGCGGCCCGCUUCGUCUUCGCCUACUACACGGCCGCGUUUGAAAAGGUGGCUCCCAGCCACAACAGACCCCCUGCGCCACCAGCAUCCGUUGCCACCCACGCCCCCGCUGCCGGGUCCUUCGACACUGCGCGUGUGAUGGGAAGCUGCACAGGCAUAGACGGAGCUAUCAGCCCUUUUCCCAGCAAUGAUGUCGACCCCAUCUCCCUAGAAUUGGACUGUCUCGGUCCUUGGGCCGACCUUUUCUCACCCGGUCUGUCCGGCGACUUGGAUAUCCUGUUUGGCGCCGAGGGCAUGAUCAAGGGCUUUCAGUAA